AUUUUGUUCAUAUAUUGAAGUGAGCACCUGAAGACCAGACAAAUUUAUCAACAGAUUUUAAGAUAUGAGUGGAAGAUCAGAAAUGUCACAUGACCUAAAGUUUGAUAACUGACAUCUCGGUUUUUGACAAGUUUAUCGUCAUUUUUUACCUGAGCCUUAGUAUUAAAGGGACUAGAUAUCACUGUCAUACAAAGAUUUGAUAUUCAAGAAAGAUCAAGAAAAACAGUUUAAAGUAAAGAUUUUUGUUUUUAAAGUGAUUAAGAGGAGACAUUGAUGCCUGAUGAUGAUAUAUCUAUAGUUUGGAUUGUAAAGGUACAAGUACUGGUUUGCCAUUGGCACUAGGAUUCAUUGAUACGUGUAUUCAAAAAUAACUUCAUCACAAUGGUGCUACACAUAUUCAUUGGACUAUUUUACAUAGUAACAGUUUGCUAUGGUGAGAACAUCAUCAAUUUUCAACUUAUGGAAGAAAUGCCAUUAAAUACACCAGUUGGCAGUUUAGCAACAAAUAGUGGACUUCAAGUAAAUAUGACAUCCCAAGAGUUUAAUAAUCUUAGGUAUAGUUUCUUAGAUCAAACAGACAUGCAGAAUUUGUUUAACAUCAACGAUAAAACUGGUGACCUGCAAACCAAAAUUCAAAUCGACAGGGAACAUGUCUGUGAUUUUGUAGAUUCCUGUGUUCUAAAAUUUGAUAUUGCAAUCCAUUCCUCUGUUCCUGCUAUGUUUAAAAUCUACUCUGUUCAGAUCACACUGCUUGACAAAAAUGACCAUUCACCAAAAUUUCCGUCAGAUAUUGUUAAUCUACAAGUACUGGAAUCAUCACCCAUUGGUACAUCUGUUACCAUUGACGAUGCAACAGAUUUAGAUUCUAGCCCAAAGUAUUCAGUUCAGAGCUAUGAAAUAGUUCCAUCCAAUAGUAUUUUUCGUCUGGAUUCAACACCUAAAGUAGAUGGUGGAUUUUGGUUGAACCUAGUUUUACUUCAGAAGUUAGACAGAGAAAAACUAGAUCAUUAUCAACUUCAAAUUGUUGCAAAAGAUGGAGGCUUUCCUCCAAACGUAGGAACAGCAACUGUUAAUGUGGAAGUUACAGAUGACAAUGAUAAUUCUCCAGUUUUUGUACAAGAUGUUUACAAUAUCAGUAUCGCAGAAGGUACAGAGUCAAACACAGCAAUAUUGGCAAUCUCUGCUACUGACAAAGACAUUGGUGAUAAUGGAAAGGUCACUUAUAGCUUCAGUUCUAGACAAAAUGGAUUGGACUCGAUUACAAGUCUGUUUUCAAUAAAUGAAACCACUGGAUUUUUAUCUGUGAUUGGGAAUAUUAUCUAUGAAGCCGGCAAGGUAUUUAAGAUUUAUGUGGAUGCAAGUGAUCACGGAACAUCUCCAAAAAGUUCACAAGCCACUGUUCAUAUUAAUAUCAUGGAUACGGGGAAUAACCAACCUAUCAUUCGAAUUAACUUUAUCAGUUUGGGAAGUAAUGAUGUCGUGAAUAUUUCCGAGUCUUCCAACAUUGCAACACUUGUAGCGUCUCUAAACAUAGAAGAUCCAGACACUGGAGCCAAUGGUAAUGUUUCUUGUAGUUUGUCCGGAGAAUUUCUAUCUCUUCAACCUAUUUCCAAUAAGAAAGGAUAUCUUAUAAUGAUAAAAAAGAAAUUUGACAGAGAAAAGCAAGAUUAUCAUAAUAUUCUAGUGACAUGCCAAGAUCAGGGAUCACCUGUUAAAAGCACCACAAAAGUUUUCCACGUUCGAGUGUUAGAUGACAAUGAUUGUACUCCAGAAUUCUUACUGGCAAACUAUUUUGCUUCCAUGGACGAAAAUAACUUAAAAGGGACCCCUAUCACAAAAGUAUCGGCCAAAGAUGAUGAUUUAAGUCCAAAUAAUGAUGUUCAAUAUUUCUUGGACUCUGAUUCAGAGGGAAGGUUUGCAAUAAAUUCUGUAUCUGGAGUGAUCACAGCUAAUACAGUUUUUGAUCGUGAACAGGCUCUGAACUAUAAAUUUACAGUAUUAGCAGUAGACAGUGGUAAUCCUCCUUUAACUGGUACGGCCUCAGUGAUAUUGACAAUCAAAGAUGUCAAUGAUAAUGCACCAUACUUUGAUGAUGUUCCAUUUUUCCAAUUUUUUGUUAAAGAAAAUGCUGAUACAAAAAAUCCUAUUGACAAACUAACCGCUCAUGACAAAGAUGAAGAUGGAACAAGAAAUUCUGAUAUAACAUUUUCGCUUGACCCCCAAUUCUCAGAUGCAAAUUUGCCUUUCAUUGUGUAUCCACAGGGGAAUAUUUAUACUAACAUGAAACUUGACCGUGAAAAGCAUAGUAGUUACCAGUUUACAGUUAUUGCUAAAGAUCAAGGAACACCACAGAUGUCUGCUUCCAUGGAUGUGAAAGUUUAUGUAUCUGAUGAUAAUGACAAUAGGCCAAAUAUUACUUUCCCAACAAAACAAAACAACACUGUCAAAAUCCCAUAUUCUGUUGAAGUUGGGACUAUGAUCACACAAGUUAAGGCAGUUGAUUUGGAUGAAACUGGACCGAAUAGUCAAUUAGAUUACAGGAUAAAAUCAGGGAAUGAUCAGGAUGUUUUUAUGAUUGGGUCUACCACAGGGAAAGUGUAUCUGAAGAGGACCUACGAAAUUACUUCCGAUAAAAUGUUUCCUCUAAAAAUUGAAGUAAACGAUAAUGGCAAAACAAAACUGAACAGUAGUGAAACUUUAAGAAUUGUUCUUCUGUUUGCUAACAUGACAACAGCGGCACAAGAAUCUGGCUCUGGUAACAGGAAUAUAAUCAUUUCUAUUGUUGUGAUAGCGUUGACAGUCGUCAUAUCGGCAGCCAUGAUUGCCAUCAUUCUGAUUUUACGGUACAAGGACAAACAAGAUAAAGAACAAGGCCAGAAGCCAUUAACAUACCCACAAAUAACACCACAGGAGAAAACAAUGGCAAAUGGUUUAUCUAAAGAUAUGGACAUGCAAAUAAAAAAGAAAAAAGAAGUCAGCUUCUCUAUUGAUGAGGAUUUAGACAACAUGGAGUUGUAUAACACAAAUUCAACAACUACAUCAGUAUUUAAUGAUUUUGAGAAGCAACAUGAAAAGUACAAAGUUAACAAGAAAGGUCUACACGUAGAAUUUCCUGAACAAAAGGGACAUCAUAGUUUCGACAAUAUAAGUGAGUUAUCAGAUGAAGCAACAAACUCAGACAGUGGUCAUGGCAGCAGUGAUGUGGAUAUAACUAACCAAUCAAAUGGAGCACAGAGUGAUGUAAAGUUUGCACCUAAAUCUGUGAGACUGCAGCCAGUAUUAUCAGCAAAGUGUCAGUCACCCAUUAGGGCCGAUGAUGUAUUGACCAUAGUGACAAAUAAUGGCCACAGAAACUCAUUUGACAAUUCACAUCGUAGCUUAAUACUAGACGGUCGAAAAAAAUCUGGUAACAGUGCCAAAUCAAAGGACAACUGGGUACCAUCGUAUGUGUAAUAUAUGUAUAAAAGUUUCCACAGUAUAGUGCAAUAUAUCAGAGAAAUGGACAACUUAAUACUCAGAUGAAAUAUAUGGAUAUUUCUUGAUUGUCAUGUGAAAUACUGGAAUUAUAUAUGAAGACCAUAUGAUAGUCACCUUACUAAAUAUUCAGUGAUACCCUGAUGAACGAAACAAGGCUCUACCUAGAAAACUUGUAUUGACAAAUGGAUUCAACUGAAUCAAGGACCAUAUGUUCAGUUGGAGGAAUUUGAAUCCAGAAUCAAAGAGAGGCUGUAAAGGGAGACUAUUGAAAAGGAAAUCAGUUGAUUAUUCAGACAGAGGAGAUGAUUUUGAUUUUGAUGUGGAUGUGGAAUUUUCAAUUUAAACAUGUGUAGAGUGUAGACUGUUUUAACAAUGUUUCCCACAUUGUAUUUAUAUAAUGCACUAUCAAGAAACCAAGACCAAUUUGAAAUGAAUUUUUCAAUAUCUCAAUUUGAUCAUACAGUUGUUUUACAUUACUGUUUGCAUUCAUCACCACUUCAUUCAUAUAUAAACAGCAUUAAUUUGUGAUAUUCAAUGUACAGGGUAUAUAUUUUGUUAUGUAUUUAUACAAUUGUUAAAAUUUAUACAUAAAAUAAAAUUAUGAAACACUAAA